GGGUCAAAAACCGUCGGUUGUUGUUGCACUUGUGGUCAUCUUGGUCUUCGCCUACCAUUUCCAGAUCGAGAUCGAGAGCAGAAGAAUCGAGAAUGGCGACUCUUGGAAGGCCGUUCGCGCGGCUAGAGAAGGAGAAGGUCGACGGCGUCGACGGCGACUUGGAGGCUGGCUGGGCUCCGCUGCACCCUGGCCUCUCCCGCACCGAGUCUGACCUCCGCUGGGGUUUCGUCCGCAAGGUCUACGGCAUCCUCGCCACCCAGAUCCUGCUCACAACUGCUGUAUCCGCCGCCACCGUCCUCCAUCCCUCCAUCAACUCCGCCCUCGCCGCCAGUCCCGGCCUCGCCCUCGCCUUUGCCAUCCUCCCUCUCGUCCUUUUACUCCCCUUGUAUCAUUAUCGACAAAGGCACCCACUGAAUCUUGCUUUCCUGGGGCUGUUUACGUUGUGCCUAAGCUUGAGCAUUGGUGUGGCCUGUGCCAAUACUGAAGGAAAGAUUGUGCUUGAGGCAUUGAUUUUAACAUCCGCUGUUGUUUCAUCCUUGACUGGAUAUACUUUCUGGGCAUCCAGAAAGGGCAAGGACUUUAGCUACAUUGGGCCAUUCCUAUUUUCUGGUCUCAUCAUUCUUCUUGUUACCAGUACUAUUCAGAUAUUCUUCCCUCUUGGAACAACAUCAUCUGCUAUCAUCGGUGGGUUUGGUGCUCUAGUUUUCUCAGGCUUCAUCAUCUACGACACAGAGGAGUUAAUAAAGCGCUACACCUAUGAUGAAUACAUUUGGGCAUCUGUCAAUCUCUACCUCGACAUCCUCAACCUGUUCAUUACCAUCUUAAACAUGCUGAAAAGGUCCGAAAAUUAGAAAGAAUCAAAUGGUAAGAAACUCUUUACAAGAGUCUUGACAGGAUUGCAACCCUCGUUUGUAUCUGUUAAAGCAUUUUCUUGCUGUGUUACGGAGUCUUACCUAACUCCUUUACCUUCAUCAUGUGUGCAUGAUUAAUGUACUAACAGUUAUCAGUUUGUUUGCAAUUACGGUGUGCUUGUCGUCAA